ACGGGGUGCCCUUCCCGCCGCACCGGCUCCGGCACCCGGGCCUCCGGUCGUGGUGUCGUCGUCCUCCGCUCCGCCGUCCCGCUCCGUCCCGCCCGGGCCGCCCGGCUCCCGCAGGCCCCAACGCCCGCGUUCCUAUGGACAGACGCACAGACACCUGCCGGAAAGACACUGCUGAUCCUGUAACAUGGAGGAUUGUCUUCAUACCUCAUCUGAGAAUCUGUCCAAGUUGGUCAGCUGGGCCCACAGCCAUGGGACCAUUUGCAGCCUCAUUCCAAACCUGAAACAUUUGCUUUCUGAAGGUUCCCAUGGGAACCUGACUGCAAUGUGGGGCUGUAGUGCUGGCCAUGCUUACCACUGGCCACUAACAGCUACUUGCAGAGCUGGGUCCCAAGAGAGGGUUUGUUUCCAGGACAACCGAAGUUUUAAUUCUGAUAGUCCCAGUAUAAUUGGGGUGCCUUCUGAGACACAGACUAGCCCUGUGGAAAGAUACCCUGGGAGACCCGUGAAGGCAAAGCUGGAAUAUAGCCGAACCAGAGACUCUUGUGACUUCUCUUACUGCAGUGAGCCCUCUGAACUGGACGAAGCUGUUGAGGAGUAUGAAGAUGAAAACACACUGUUUGACAUGGUUUGCGAGUCUUCUGUUACAGAUGAAGACAGUGACUUUGAACCCCAAACCCAGAGGCCUCAAAGUAUUGCUCGUAAAAGGCCAGGAAUAGUCCCAUCUUCCAUCCAUUCAAGUUCCCAGGGACAGAUGGUUGAUGAGUGCAGUAGUGAUGUCAUCAUCAAGAAAAUCAAGCAAGAGAUUCCUGAAGAUUAUUACAUUGUAGCAAAUGCAGAGCUGACUGGAGGGGUAGAUGGACCAGCCCUUUCCUUGACACAGAUGGCAAAACCCAAGCCUCAAACUCAUGCUGGUCCCUCCUGUGUAGGGUCUGCUAAACUGAUUCCCCAUGUAACAUCUGCCAUCAGUACAGAGCUAGACCCACAGAUAAUGUCAGCAUCCCCCUCUGUGAUCUCCAGACCAAUCAUCCCAAAGACUGCUAGGGUAUCGCUGGCUUCACCAAACAGAGGACCCACUGGUGCCCAUGGCACUGCCCACCAGGUGACCAUGCAGAUGCCUGUGAGCACAUCACAUCCUAACAAACAGAUCAGUAUUCCUUUGUCUGCCCUUCAACUGCCUGGACAGGAUGAACAGGUGGCUUCAGAGGAGUUCCUGCCCCAUUUGCCUAGCCAGGUCUCAUCUUGUGAGGUAGCCCUCUCUCCCUCAGUGAACACAGAGCCUGAAGUGAGUUCCAGUCAACAGCAGCCUCCUGUCGCUCCAACCAUAACCACUGAAGCCACUGCACAGUGCAUUCCAGACCAGGAUGAAAGAGCAGCUGAGCUCAGCAGGGAGCAGAAUGAGAAAACCAUCCGGAGCACACAGACUGCGCUCCGCAAUUUCCGGGAGUUCCUCAUCUCCAAGUACCCUUCCGAAACCAGAGAGAUCUAUGUCAUACCUUGCAAGGAGCUAGAUGCCUACCUUGCCUCCUUCUUCGUGGAUGCCAGGCAGAAGGAUGGGUCUGAGUAUGAACCCAACAGCUUGGCGAAUUACCAGUGUGGGCUGGAACGGUACCUGAAAGAGCACAGGUAUGGCUACAGCAUCACCAGAGAUAAGGAGUUCAAGCGGUCCCAGGAAGCCCUCAAACAGAAGCAGAUUGAGCUCCGCUGCAAAGGAAAGGGAAACAAGCCUCACAAGUCCAUGAAACUCACGUUUGCCGACGAGCUCAUAUUGCGGAAGAGGGGACUGCUGAGCAGGUAUAACCCCGAGGGUCUGCUCAAUCUUGUCUGGCUCAACAAUACAAAAGCCUUUGGGCAUUGCACAGGUUUCCAUGGAUCCACCUUGAAAUGGGGCGAUAUCCGGCUCCGCAUCACAGAAACUGGACUCGAGUAUUUGGAAUGGAUGGGUCAGGACACCGGUGAUCUAAAUGCCAAAACCAAGAGAGGAGGGACAGACUCACGAGUUUAUGCCACCCAGCAUGCCCCACAGACCUGCCCGGUGCAGGACUAUAAGGAGUACGCCCAGCGGCGGCCCCCUGCGAUGCGCUAUGAGGAUGCCCCCUUCUACUUGUCUAUCAAGCCAGUUGUGAACUUGGCAGCUCUGCACUGGUACAAUUGCCAGGCUCUUGGCAAGAACAAGCUAGCCAAGAUGGUGAAGACCAUGUGCGAGAAGGGCAACAUCCCCGGCAGGAAAACCAACUUCAGUGUCUACCAGAGCUGUAGCACCUUGUCCGAGGCCCAGAGCAACCAGCUGGUGCUCAUCUGCAACAACUUGAGCCAGCAGGCUGCCCAAUCGGUGGCUGGCCACUCCACCAACGGCAAUUUCAUUGUCUCCUCUUAUGACUCUUCCUCAGACACAGCUUGACCAGGUGGCUUGCUCAAGACCUCACUUCACUUGGGUGUCCGUGUCCCAUGAGACCAUCAUUGUAUACGGCAUUCUGUCGUCUCUCACGUGCCCUCAGUGUUAACUUUACAAAAUGCAAAUCUAUAUUUUUUCUUUUUACAGAUAAGCCAAUGGCAAUAGUUUGGUUCACUAACAGUAUUUAUAGGCUUGAGACAAAUAACUGUGCUUGUGGUUGAUUUCAUAUAAUUGCUGUUACAGACUUGGCAAAACCAUCGUGGUUCCCAGGCAACAGUAGAGGAAGAAUCCCGUUCUUAAAGACAGUCAGAAAGGAAACCGAGAGUCAUUCAACACUCUGUUCUCACCCCUUGUCCUUGCCUCCUUCUGCUUUUAAUCUCCUUCAUAGAUGAAUUUAUUUUUUUAAUUUUUAAAAAUUCUUUAUGAAUCUGACGCAGAAUGUUGCUGAGCCAGAGCAGAUCCUGAAAAGGGGUAUCAUAAGCUCAACACCAAGCUAUUUACAUACAUUUUUAGUAUAGAGUUUUAGCUCCUGAAUCUCCUUUCCACCAUAUAUGGAAAUCCCAAUGCUUAAAGUAUUUUUCUUUGGGGGGGGGUGGAAGGAGAAUUAAAGGUGCCAUUCUUUUUUUGCAAGAUGUCUCAUUUUUAAAUAAUAUGCAAAGUCUGAUACUGGGGGAUGGAAGGAGACAGUUACAUAGGCCAUUUUUAGUGGUGUGAUUGGACCUGCAUAAAAUUUUCUUUUUCCCUAAGUCAGUGUAAAUGAGUUUGAUCAUCAGAUAUACAUGAAAUUUUAAACUUUCAAUAAUUUUGAAAAUAUUUCCAAGUGUUAGAUUGUAUAUCAGCAUAAAAGAGAAGGUAGAAAAUGAGGCCCCACUAACCAUGUGGCUGCAUUGCUGGAGACAACCUGCAGUUCUCUGUUCCAGUUCCUCAGCAUUACAGCCAGCUCUUCUCCCUAAGGGAGCCGACACCCAUUUUCAAUCACAGUAUUUUGUUACCAGGCUUAGCAGAAUUCAAGGCAUUCUUGAGUUUUCUCAACUAAUAGAAGUGUAUUUAUCUGUGGUAUUCUGUAGGUAGAAUAAUUUUGUGGUGUUUGCUCCAGUCUUUGUUUUCAGGUCUUGAAAACUAGUAAAUUAUUAGUUAAAACAGGUCAGAAUUCAAAUGAAUUUAGACAUUUGAGCCACAAUAUGACUGAGUUGGGUUCCUUCCCAUCCUGUGCAAACAGUAAUAACUAAGAACUAAAAACCAUCAUUGCUUUGUUACAACCAAGCACCCUGUUGGGGAGGGGUUUAUUCUUCAAUCCAGCCUUAUAACUCACAUUAACUUGGAAGGUAGGUCGUAUUUUAUUAUCGUCUGAUACAAAAGGAGAAACAUUUUUAUCAGGGAGCCAAGCUUUCCCAUGGCUAGGUGGCUCUUUGCAUCAAUACAUAGGAGGCACAUAGGCCUUUCUUCUAGGCUGUGAUCUGUAGUGUAGAAGUGGCCAGUCUGCUGGGGCGUUGGUGGGUAGAAGGAACAUCAUGAGCUUGUCCUUCCGAGAGAAGCAUUGUUAAGAAAAGAUGUAAAUAUUUCUAUAUAAGUAUUAUCUAAAUCCUCUCAGCAACCUAAAAAAGAAAAUCAAGUUAUCCUCAUUUUAUGGUGAAAUAAUAAGUCAGUUAGAUGAAGAAAGAGUCUGUCUUCUCACCGCAGGCUUUUUGUAUGAGCUAGUUGUUGGUUUGGAUGGUUUGAGCUAGGAAUGGGAACAGCAUCUUUCUAUUGCCCACGGCUCUCUAUCUGGUUUAAAGGAUUGCUGGGAUGUUUUCAUGGUUGCACAGUAUCCUCUACCCCACAUCCCCAUUGCUUCUGCUUAAACACACAGCUGCUUUCUCCCAGUGCCUCUGCAAACCCACCCCACUCUUGGAGGCAGACCCAGCCUAAAGGAACUUUUUUAAAGGUUGUUUGUUUUUAUGUGGCAUACCUGUCAUUUUUUUAUCAUCAUAAUUUUUAGGUCCUCAGUCAUAUUGGAAACAGAGUUGAUUUUGGGAAAAGAAAAGAAAAGCCUGCCACUGCACUGCACUGAGAUCACAGAACUAGGGAACUCUGCAUCCCUGCUGGUGUUCUGGAGUACUGACACAGAACUAGGGAACUCUGCA